AUGCUCAAAUCAAUAGUCACUUUGUUUUUCACCUCAGUCAUGGUGUCAAACGCCAUCGACUGUUCAAUAAAAGAGCUUCAGCCAUAUAAUUUCGAAAGUAUCAAAGGAACUCAUUCAUUUUCCACAAUCAAAAGCACCCCACCAACCAGAACUAAUGUGACAUGGACUUUUGGUAUAUGCGAGCCUGUAUCCAGUGAUAAAAAGAGUGAUUUGCAAAAAUGUCCACAAAAUUCUGAUAUCUGUGGUAUAACGUCGAUUUUGCGCGAUAAUGAAGAGGCUAUCAUAUCAGAGAUUAUUGGUUUCAGCUCAAAUCUUCAAAAGCUGUUUGAACCUUUGGGCGAUAAAGGUGAAGGUGGAAUCAAAAUCACCUACUCAAAAGUCAAUUGGGGUGAUUCUUUAGUUGAUGCUGAAAUCAGCUUUGUUUGUGAUAAAUCAAUAAAGGAGAACCACGAGUUCAAAUUGGAUAGUUGGAAUGGAGAGGUGUUGAAAGUUUCAAUGAAAUCCAAAGCAGCUUGUAUUACCAGUGAUAAUGAUAAAAAGAAGAAUAACAACGAUAAAAACAAAAAUUCAGAUAAGAAAAAAGAUAAUGGUGAAUCAUGGGGUUGGUUCACUUGGAUCUUUAUCUUUUUGGUGUUGUUUUUGAGUAUUUAUAUUAUUGGUGGAGCUUGGUUUCAAUACAACAAGGGCAAUGCCAUUGACUUCCAAAGUGCACUUAAAGAGGUCCUUGAAAAUUUCUUCACAUUGUUGCAAAGCUUACCCGGUUUUAUUAGAGAGAUUCUUGAGAAGUUCGUUGGCAGAGGCAACAAUCGAGGCGAAUAUAGUGCUGUGUAA